AUGGCGCCCAAGGCAGAGAAGAAGCCAGCCGAGAAGAAGCCAGCGGAGGAGAAGAAGGCCGAGAAGGCCCCUGCAGAGAAGAAGCCGAGAGCCGAGAAGAAGCUUCCCAAAGAAGCCUCUGGUGCCACUGACAAGAAGAAGAAGAGAUCCAAGAAGAGCGUGGAGACCUACAAGAUCUACAUCUUCAAGGUCCUGAAGCAGGUCCACCCUGACAUUGGGAUCUCAAGCAAGGCCAUGGGGAUCAUGAACAGCUUCAUCAACGAUAUCUUCGAGAAGCUCGCCCAGGAGUCUUCGAGGCUCGCUAGGUACAACAAGAAGCCGACGAUCACUUCCAGGGAGAUUCAGACUGCUGUGAGAUUGGUUUUGCCUGGUGAGCUCGCUAAGCACGCUGUCUCGGAGGGGACCAAGGCGGUGACCAAGUUUACUAGCUCUUAG